AUCUAUAUAUCUCUAAGCUUCUUUUAUUUAUUUAUUUAUUUUUUUAAUUUUUGGAUCUGGAUAUAGUAUAUAUAUAAACCGGCCGUAAAGAUGUUUCCUUCAGAAAACGAAAAUGGCGGGGUGGUGUUAUUUAAUGAGGGGCCUUCAAUAAUAAUUACAUCGGAGCAAGAUAAAAUACUCGGAGAGAUGCUUGCAAACUAUGCCACUGAAGUAAACACCACCGCUGCAGUAGUACUUAAAGAAAACAACAAUGUCGAGUCGAAGAAAAGUGCGCAUAGGGAUAUCGAAAGGCAGCGUAGGCAAGAAAUGUCUCUCCUUUACUCUUCCCUUCGAUCCCUUCUUCCUCUCCAAUACGUCAAGGGAAAGAGAGCAGUAUCAGAUCACAUGCACCAGGCUGUGAUUUACAUAAAACAUAUGCAGAUGAAAAACGAAGAAAUGCGAAUAAAGAUAGAGAAGUUGAAUAAAUUAACGAAUAAUGUAUCUGAAACAAGAUCGAUCUUAGAAGAUCGUGUUAUCAUUGAAGCUGCAGCAAAUUCUUCGCCUACUUACUGUGUGAAGAUAAAUGUUUGCAAUGGUGGUGGAAUUAAUGAGAUUUUAAUCACCAGUAGUAGCAGUAUCGAUAACGGGAGUUUUUCUCUAUCGAAGGUGUUCGUCAAAUUGCUUCAGAGAGGUUUUAAUGUAAUCAGCUGUGUUUCUACUAGAGUGGAUAAUCUGUUCCUCCAUAAAAUUCAGAUUGAUGAGGUGAUUGGUUAAUUUGAAUAUUAAUUAGAACAAGGGUUUUGAUAUUAUAUAUUGUUUAAAAUAUAAUUUGUUGGUUAAUUAUUUUUUUGUAAUUGCAGGAAAAUGAUUUCACAAGCAAUAUUGAUCUAACCAAGCUUGAAGAGGAACUGGUCAAUUUGAUGAAACGUGUUUAAUUUUAUUUAUAUGUCAGGAUAUCAAUAAUCAAGAGAAGUGAUCUUGAAUUUUUAAUUUUUUUUUUUUAUUUUUUCAUUGUAUUUUGCUGCUUGUGUGUUUGUGUGGUGGUGGUUUGGCGAUGUGGGGCGGUGGUGGGGGUUGCGGCGCCGGCGGGGUAGUGGUGGUGGUGGGUGGAGAGUGAUGAAGAAGCUGAAACAAAAAGGAAGGAAAACGAAAGUGGAAAUAAAUAGAUUUUUUUUAACUAAUGCCACGUCAGCAUCCUUUGACUUUGAUUUUUUUUUUUUUCAAAAGUAAAACCACUCUGCCAAAUCUUGUGUACCAUCUUUCUCCACGUCAUCAAAAUCAGUUAUUGUUCUUUUAUUGGUAAAUAAUUCCCCAAUUGUUC